AUGAGCAGGUGUAUGAGCGCCCGCUGGCUGGGCUCGCGAGCUAAGAGAAUGAAAGCGCGCGCUUUCACCGCGGUCCUUCCCCUCCGCCCAAGAGCCGCACGCGCCGGCGCAUUCCAUUGUCCAUUGAUAGUGAGUCAUCGUCUAACCACGUUCUCAGUCCUCGCUAUCGGGCACGGAAUAGGCAUGCGCGGGCCCGCCCUUAUGCAGCGGCAGGGCCCCGAAACGCAAUAUGUGUACAUUCGAGAGGGAUACCGCUCUGACUGUACAGUGUAUGAGUAA